AUGCGCAAUCUUUCUCUUUCUGAUUUUUCGCACAUCAACACAGUGAAUUCAAGUGGUUCUUGGAACACUUCGGGAGAAGCGGGUGAUACACGUCGCUACAGCCAUGGACGCUUCAGGAUCUUUACGAAAGAAAAAGUCUUGCUGUCUUCUAAGAAUGUGCAAUGGGUUCAGAACAUCUCCUACCCCGGACCGAUAGGUGAGGCUCACGAGGGCACUAUGUCUAUUGGAGCAUAUUUUGUAGCAGAGAUUCAACAUCUGAAGAGUGAUGAAGAUUGGGUCCAUCAGCUUGAUCCAAAUAGUGCAGGUUACGUUCUUGGUGUAUUGACGGCAGCGUCCUUCGGCCCGACAUCUUGCUUUUCUUCUAAUUCAUACUGGGUAAGUUUGAGAGGUCUUCCGAACUUCUCGGAUGAUAGCUAUGAGGGCACAGCCGGCACCCCCGUUCUUGACGGCGAACAGGGCGGGAGUAAGGUUGGCAUAUAUCAAGGGUCUAGUGAGAGGGCCAUCAAAACAGCUCAGGUGAUGGCAUCCACCGCCAAGACUGCCGUCAUCGGCGUUGCAGGAGCAACUGUUGCUGGCGCAGUUGGCGGCGCAGUUACUGCUGCACUGGUUCCAGGCGCAGUUCAGGGCCCACCUGGUCAAGGUCUUGUGCGAUUACUAGGUACUGCGGCAUUUGUCGCAAAACUUAACGAAAUCCAUGGAUUUCACUCCGAUGCCAUGGCUAAGUUUGGAAACGGACUGAAAAUCUUCAUUGGGAAAGUAGAAUGGCCGUUUUCAGGUGGCUUAGGAGUCGCGAACGAGACUUCCUCAAAUUCUCCAGAGUUUACAGGAAACCAAACGCUUUUGUCUGGAAACGGUUCGGACUCUUUUGCAUCCAUGAUACGACAAGAAACGGAAAACCGGGAAGUAAGUGUCUCGGACGAACUCUUCGGAGGUUGUGCAUUCUAUACUUCUUUAAUCGUGAUUGGAUUUCUGUCCCUGCAUGCUUUCAUCUGGCUUUGUACGCGAAAGAAGCCUUGGCAAGAGCAACUUGUUCCACAUGCAUGGAUGAUUUACCUCUUUUCCGUGGUCAUGUCUCACGUGUACCGAGCGGCGGUACUGAACUCAAUGCAAUAUAUGAGAUCGCACGUCGGGGCUGGCACGGGAAAAGGUGGGCUCUACUUAGUGGCUGUGCUCCAGUUGCUGGUGAUUGGUAUAGGCUUCACUGCGUUCUUUGUGGGAGUGAUGGUGCUUGCAUUGAGGAGGGUACGACGGCGGGAAGUUAAGUGGAUUCCAAAGAAUGAGAUCGCGGAUCCAGACAUGAGACAAAGUGCACUGAUUAGCGGUGAAUAUCAAGCUGAAGAGAAUGACUCGUUUCAUGUACUGUUCGAAUGCUAUUACAGCUCAUUGGCAGGACCAAGGCUUUGGUUGGCUGCUUUGGAGCUCGGGAUCAUCUUCCUCGACGCCAUCUUCACAGCUUUGAUCUGGAAUGAGGUUGUUUGCCUUGCGAUUCUUGUGUCCUUAUAUGCUAUUCUAUUUGGACUAUUUCUUCUGCUCGCGCCCUUCGUGGACAAGGUUGAGGGCACGCUUAUCGUGGUUCUCGGGCUCGUAGAAUUUGUGCUCCUGGUAAUGGACUUUCUAGGAGCGCUCGGAGAUUAUGACUCAGCUGAAGGCAUGGAGUUUGGGUCAUUGGUGCUUGGAUUCGUAGCAAUUGGUCUUGCAGUUGUGAUUGCGGUAUAUUGCGAUUUGAUUCCGACGAUAUCCGCUCUUUGGGCAGCGGCACGAAGGCGAUUUAGACGUGGUCGGAGGGCAGACAGUACGUUAGAAGAGCAGAGCAGCGGAGAUGCGGAUUCAGAGUGGAGCGAGUUAUCUCGAUGGAACAGUGGAAGGGUUGAGCCCGAAAGGCGGUUCGAUAGGGAGCAAGAUCACAUUUUUGCACCAGAAACGACAGUCGCGCAUGGUUUAUCCGUAACCGAGGACGACAGCAGGGGGCGGGAGGAGCAAGAGCAAACGAGACCAGGUGGCUCAUCAAUGAUUGGCGAGGGAGGGGGACAGGAAAGCGCGAAGGGAGUUGGGCCGAGAGGCAGUGUAUUGUGA